UUUCACAUAUUUAUUGUAAGAUAGAAUUCUUAAAAUUCGUUUCACAUUUUGUCAUAAAGCUGACUAUAUAGUAUAUAUUUUGCUCAUUGUAAAAGGCUGAAAUCUGCUUUAUUGUUCGAUUCUGUAGAAAAAGUUACUCAUCGGUAAUCAUUCCAACAAAUUUUUCUCAGCAGCAAAAAUGAAAAAGCUCAUUGUAUAUAGUAUUUACCUUUAGGGUAUUGCAGACGUCAAAAAAUGCCUGUCAUCCAACAAUAACGCAAUUGAAAAAUGUGAAACCACAGUAAAAGAAAGUACAGAUAAAAUUUUGGAAAACAUUGAUAUGCUUAAGGCUAAUCAAGCGUCAAAUAACUUUGAAACGACUGAGCGGCUGAACAAGAUAGAGCAAAUGUUACAUGAAUUCGAUAGUACUGCCUUUUCUGAAAAGUAUGAAAAAUCUUCAGACUUAUUAAAAGGAGGAGAGGAAUGUCUUGUACUCUGGCAACUUGCAACUCCAGAAAACUGGAAUGCAGUGGAAAUUGACCAGAUGCUGACAAUGUUUGUAGAUCGAUUUAAAGAUCUCUAAGUGAAGAUUAAAUUCGUACGGAGAGGGUCAUUACUGAUAAUGACCACUGUUCCCGCCAAAGUUGCAAACGAUUCAACAGACUUUCAUUCUGCUGUGAAAGCCUUUUUAACAAGAAUGGUCGAAGUUUGCCAAAUUGAUACAACUGUACCCUGUAAUGUUGAAGUUACGUUGCAUAUACUCAACAGUAAUGAAUUGAACGUGACCUACAGUUUAUCAAACAAACCUACAGAACAUAAAUUUGUUCAAACAGAAGUCGAAGACCCUUCUACAACCCCUUACCUACCAGACUUUGAUGAUGGGUCACCUAUGUAUGGCGAUGAUACCAUAUUUUGUUGCAGUUGUCUUCAAAGCAACAAACAAGUUGUAAUACAAUCAUAUUGUCUCGAUUGUUCAGAACCGAUAUGUGAGAAAUGCGGAAGUCUACAUGCAACAUUCGCUCAGCCUCAUACUAUCACUUCUAAAGUAAAUGAAGAUAUUGUAUAUCAGUCAUCGUUAACAGUUUCAAAGUUUUGUUCAGUUCAUAAAAAUCAAGUAACCAACAGUUUUUGUACUCAACACGAUGCUCUGUUGUGUGAUACAUGUGCAAUAGAUGGUCAUAAUAGCUGUAUGUCCGUCCUGUCAAUUCAAAAAGCUGCAGAAAAUGUAGCAGAGGGAGCAAUCAUGAGUGAUCUAGAGUAUAGAUUGCACAACCUUGGAAUUGUAAUUGAAUCGUUGAUAACCACAGAGGAAAAAAAUAUAUUACAUGUAAAUGCAGAGAAAGAUAAAGUUCACAAAGAAGUGAAUAGCAUCAAACAAAGAAUAUGUUUACAUCUCGAUAGACUUGAAAGAGAAUUUGCCGAUAGGUUAACUGAUGUAGCAGAAAGAAGCAAGUUAAGCCAUAAGUAUUAUUUACCGUCAAAGCUACGUAUCACAAAAACAUUGCAAAAUGACAUGGAAUCAACAAACACAUUCGAAUCUGAGUCGGACAUUUUCAAAGCACUGAAGAUUUUAGAUGGAAACGUGUGUAGGCAGGAAUCGGCAAUUCGAAAUUUUCUAAAAGAUGUGCAGUUUAGACGUCUUGAAUUUAACCCACUAGAAAUGGAAACUAUUGAAAUAUUUUUACCAAAACUGGGAAGUUUAACAGUUUCAAACACCCCAAUAACGUCGUUAGAUGUUCGAGGUCAAUUGCAUUUGGUUGGAAAAAGGGGAGGGAACAUUCUUUUUCUAGACUCUUUCAAAUCUGACGAUAUUGGAUGUUCAGUGGGUUCGGGAUGCUUUAUAACCGAAAGCAAACUAUUAUUUACAAAUUUUGAGGGUAAGUAUAGUCUUCAUAUAUGCGACAGGCAUGGAUUGAGAUGCACAAUGAUUAAGCUUGAUGGUGUCCCAUUGGAUGUUGCGACAUACAAUUCAACCCUUGUACUAGUAACUAUUCGUAACAGAGGUAUACGGAUUAUUAAUGUCGACACUAAUAUGUGUGGACGAUAUAUUUAUCUUGGAAUUUUUUUGGCAAUACAGUGUGAAAAUAGAAAUAUUUGGACCAGUACUAGUGAAGCAACAAUUUACAGAAUUGAUAUUGAGGGACACCUUCUGCAGAGUUUUAAUGUAGGCUUUGUUGCUAGACAAAUUGCUUUGAACAUUACCGGGGAACACGUGUUUUAUUCGCCUUUAACUUCAGAUAAAAUAUUCACCUUGUCAACAGACGGACAACAAGCGCUCUUUUAUACUUGUCCAGAAAAAACUACUGUUCAUGGGCUAGCAGUUGAUUGCAACGGCAAUGUGCUAAUUGCGGAUAAAAUUCAAAUUGUAUUUGUAGCAUAUCGCAAGAUGGAAAGAAUAUAGAAACUAUUCUCAGUAUAGAUGAUGGUAUAUCGAAACCCGACCACAUUCAAUUGAAUAGUAAGACCAAUGAAUUGCUGGUGCUUAGUGUAAUGAAAGGAUCUAUUCAGAUAUUCAAACUGAUUUAAAACUUCGUGGGAAAACGUUGUUCGAUUGAAAAUAUUAAUUGACGCAGGAACUUAAUGAGUUUAUUUGAUUAUAACCUAUCAAGAGUCUUUAAAUAACCUAGACUACGCUGAUUACACGGCGUAAAUGAACCUCAUUAUAUAUAUGAGAACCACACAGACGUAAUUAUAUUUGAAUAGAAACUAAAUCAACAUUCGUAUUCAUCUAAUUGAGAUGUCACAGAUUAUAUGUCUGAUAGCUGUGAAUAGUGUAUUAUUGUACAUAGGUAUGGUUCAGGGGCUUUGCAAAUUUUGACAUAAAUUAAUGGGUUUUUUUUCUAUUGUAAUCGUAUUUCUGUACCCAAAUUAGUAUGUGAAGCUCUCCUACUUCUCGUACCAGAACAUUGACUUAAAAUAAACCGAGUAAGAACACUGAUAACCGUCUGUUCCUUGAUUUAGAUAUGUAUAUAAGUUAAAUAAUUACAACAAAAGAAGCGAAUUUUUUUUUAAUGAUGCGUCUGUGCUACCGUCUUAUGCAUGUGUAAUUGUGUGUAUGUUUCCAAGCUCGUUCGCUACGCCCGUGUCUAAAUGACGUUUAACAUUGUAUAUAGAUAAAUCUGCGCAUAACUGAAAAUAAUCAAGUCAGCGAAUUGGUACCACAAAUUACGUAAACCCUUUAGGUGAUUUUUAAAAAUACAGAUGUAGAUUGUAUAUUUUGUUACAAUGAUGUUUUCUUAAAGCGCGGUAAUUAAAAUACGACACAUAUAAACUCAUUAGUUCUUGGAAUAAACAUUUUCUUUCAGGUUAUUAAUUCAACCUUGUAGAUAUUUGCAUGUUGUAUUUAUUGUCACUAACUUUUAUUUCAGCAGUUUAACACACAACUUAACAUGUAUAGCCAUCAAGUUUUUAACACUGAUGAUACUAUAUCAAGGCGUUUCUUAUGCUGUGCUUGGCACAAGAUCAUUCUUUCCUCGGACUGCUAAUGACAGAAAACACAUAGGCGGAGUACUGGUUGAUAAUUAAGUCUUUGAAUACAUACAAGCACACUCACACACACACACUUUGAUAACGUGACUGCUUUAAACCAGGAGCCUAAGAUCCAAUGGUUGUCGCGGGUUGCCGUUUAUCAUAAUAGUUUGUCGUUUAUUUGUGUAGUAUAAUUUUGUCGUCCCGUGCAUUUGCAAUUGUCUAUAUAU